AAAAAAAAAAAAAGAAAAGAAAAAAGAAACAGAACGAGAAAAAAAAUCAAGAUCGUUCGAAGUCGAAAAAAAUUUGUUUAUUACAUAAAUGAUAUUAUAAUAAUGUGGUCAAAUGUUUUGUUCGUAAGUAUCUUAUAACUCUUUGUAAACAUAUACAUACUACAGAGCAUACUUUACGUUGUAUACCGAUAUCCCUAAGGUCAUGGUGAACAGCGUAAGAGUAAAGAAAGUAGCUUCGUCAUCAGCCCUCUCGAGAUAUCUCAUGUCCAUCCACGGUACCGAAGUAACGGGUCGUCAUUCACGAAAAGAAACCAAGAACGAAAUCUCCUUGAUAUGAGUCACCUUACAACGCAACGUGUUUAUGUCGCUUAUCGUUAAGAGACAAGAAAUAUGUCAGAUCUAAUCGCAAAAUGAUUUAAUAGAAUAUCAUCAGGUGCAUACGAAACGUGAUCGAUUUUUCGAUCGCACGAUUAUACAAGGAAAGAGAGGAGACUUGGGAUAUACAUUUUUCCACGAAAUCUUUCAACUUUCUGACUUUUUCUUACAAGCGAAUUCGACAGAGAAAGAAGAAAACCAUGGCACUGUGUAUUUAAGGAAGACGAAGAGAGAUAAAAGAGAAAAAAAAAAGAAGAAAAAAGAACUCGCGAUUUGUCGCGCGUUCGACCUCUCACGAAAAGAGGAAGAGGAAAAGUGGGAGGGAGGGAGGAAGAGAGAGAGAGAGAAAGAGAGGGGGAGAGAGAGAGAGAGAAAGAAAGCUGGUAGCGGCAAAAGUAGCGGGCAGGCUCGAGGAAGACGAAAGGGCCCGUUUUAAAGAGCCGAGCAUUAAAAACAACAAUGUCAUUACAUUUUAACGACCUGUUCUUGGGCUCUGCCCUCCCUUUUAAAAGCGUUCGUUUGCAGGUAUGUGGUCCCCGCGUAUGGGGACCACCUUACUAGCGGGUGGAGGGAGUGAAUAAGAGAGAGAGAGAGAGAGAGAGAGAGAGAGAAAAGGAGAGAAAGUUUAAAACUGCACACACAGUUUAUCAUUGGAUAUUCGGUAGAUAACGAUAAUUUACAUAUAAUACAUCUGAUUAAUCGAUUAUCUAUAUAAAUCUGAUUAAUUUUUAUCGUCGCGAAUAAAUUAAAAAUCAAAACGUUUUACGAUUGAUCCGCUUUUUCAAGUAAUCGAAAAGAAGAUUGUUCCAAUUGACUCGGCUUGACUUGGCUCGACUCGGUUCGAUUUGUAAUUUGAUAAGAAAACGAGAGGCAUUCGAUAAGAUGCUCGAUCAAGGAUGAUCGAUCGACAUAUUAAAGAAAGAAAAAAAAAAAGAGAGAAAAAGAGAAAAAAAAAAGAAGGGUCGUAGAGGUGUUUUGACAGGCCUUGUCCAAGGGUGCAAAAACAUUCGGAUCCGGCACUGGUGAAGAGGAGAAGACCACGUUCGGUCCCUCUUCUCUUCAGCAUCAUCCCCUGGCGUCACUCGUCGGCGACGGCGGCGACGGCGGCUGCGGGCGGUGGCGGCGGCGGCAGCCAGGCACCAUGCACCUCGCGAAGAAUUAGUAUGGGCGAAGAAACAAAAGCAUAAGGAGCUCACGCGAAGGGUGUGCGGAGGGAACGGUGCCGGUGCAGGAAGGAGGAAAGAAAAAAAAGAGGAGCCGAGAUGGCGCCACACGUCCAGCGUGUUUUCAGGGCAUCCUCCGAGAUCAUGGAAUCUACGUGGCAGUUAAUGACAACAGUCAUUUUCUUUUUGGUUCAAUUGAAUAUAUUACACGCCCAUCGGGAACAUAAGGUCCACAACAUAGUACUCUAUCCAGACAAGCACAGUUGGUGCAAAACGACGCCUAUCAAGCAGGUAGUCGCGUGGCCUCAAUGCUCAUCCCAAGAGCUCGACAACAACGUGUGCGUUGGAGCUUGUUUCUCUUACAUGGUACCCCACAGCGAGCCGUCCGCUCCUGGUGAUUUGAUAAGACCCUAUUGCGACUCGUGUCAGCCUCUCGACAGUGUUUGGCAUACAGUUACCUUGGAUUGUAAGGAUGAGGGAAAUAAUCCUAUGACUAUGCAGAAGAAGGUUCAAAUAAUAACGAACUGUUCCUGCAGUUCGUGCAUGGAGACAUCUAGGAUCAAACCUGAUUAUAAUACUUUACUUCAAUCAUUGGCGGUCGAAAAUUUGGAUAAGAACGUUAACGUUGUUCACGAGACACCAGAUCUUUUGUUGAAUCCUAAUUUAAAUUCAUCGAAGAAUACAACAAGAGACGGCGUGGAAGCUAACGAAAGAUUUCUGCAAUUGUUCAAGCAAGGAUUGAAGGAUUCAGAGAAAUUAGACGAGACAGGUGCGAAGGAACUUUUUUCGAAAUUCGGAGAGGAAAUCGAUAUGGAUAAGUUGAGGGAUUUGUUGAAGAAAUAUAGUCAAGAGGACGAGAGGCAUCAACAACAUCAACAAACUAAUAAACAACAACAACAACAACAGCAACAACAUCACGGUGCUACAACGAUGCUACAUCGAGGUCCUCAUCAUUCAAUGGUUUUGGAUUCUGGUGUUAAAGAAAAAAUCGACGUUGAGCCACAUUAUUUACAUCCAGCGGUGGCUGGUCAAGAGAUCAGUUAUCAUGACAACGUUGUCGUCGACAAGGGCAAGAAGAAAGAUUUUUGAGAUCUUUCGAUCGAAAAACGAUCGUCUCGUUUUACGAAAUUGGAUGCCGACCUGGGUUCUUCGAACGAGUUGGACGACGAACGAGCGGAUCGUAGAACGGACUAAUUGUAAGCGAAGGAACGACAGUUUCCCACGCUGAUUCCACGAGAAUUAAUCGGUAAGGAAUUUCAUGCCUGAUCCAAUCUUAAGGCAUCAACACAAUACAGUAGAUCUUAUUCAAUCUUAUUCUUUCAUUUUCGUUUUUAUUUUUAUUUUUUUUUUUUCUUUUUCAUUUUCUUUUUGUUUCCUUGUUUUUUGUUUUCUCUCUCAUUAAUGAUAAAGAUAUUUAAACUGCUUAAGGGACAUGCAAUUUUAAUUAUUCACAAUCGAAUCAUUCUUCAGCUUAUCUUUUUUACAUGUAUAUAGAUAGUAGUACAUUUUUUAAAAAUUAUUCUGCACUUGUCAAUGCUACGAAUUUGUUCGUUCGUAAGAAUUCGAACGAGGAUAUCGAGAGAAAUAGAGAUAAAUAGAAAAAGAAGGAGAAAGGUAGAAAAAAUAGAGAGAGAGAGAAAGAGAGAGAGAGAGAGAGAGAGAGAAAGAGAGAGAAAGGGAGAGAGAGGGAGAGAGAGGGAGAGAAAGCACGUGAUCGGACUCGAUACCGUGACUUUCGAAUAUUUCGUGUUUCGAUUUUUCGAAAAUCGAUCAUGUAUAGAUUAAAAAUAAAUGGAAAGCUAGAGUUUUCUUGUAAGUUAAUCUUGUAUUCAUUGUUGAAAGUGAGAAUGAGAGAGAAAGAAAGUGAGGGAGAGUGAAAGAAAGAGAGAAAAAGAAAGAGAGAGAGAGAGAGAGAGAAAAUUUUAAUAUAUAUUUAAUUAUUAUUGUGUUAAUUAUUUAACGAAAUCACGCCUUUCGCAUAACUUCAUAUGAGGUAACAAAAACUUUUUUUAAUUUGUUUAUAUAUAUAUAUAUAUAUAUAUAUAUAUAUAUAUAUAUAUAUAUAUAUAUAUAAAAUAAACCGGAAGGAAAAACGUGGAUGCGUUUUUUAUCUUUUAUUUUUUUUUUCUUUUCUUUUUCAUCAUCGUUUCUACGUUUUUAUUAAUGGAUUGUAACUGUCAUUGUUCUCGUAGAGAAUAAUAAAAGAACGAUCGGUAACAAGACCAGUUAUUUUCUA